CGGCCGGCGAGAGCGCGCGUGUCAUGCGCUGCCGCUGAGAUGGCCGGCGCUCGGGCGCUCGUCACCGCCUGCUGCUGCUGGUGGUGGCUGAUGACCGCAGCCGCCACCGAGCUAGACUUGCUGGGCGCGUUGUCGCUGCACAACACGUCGCGCGCUGGCGUCACUGCCGCGCCUGGAAUGCAACCGCAGCGAACUGCAUACACGUUACAAGGAGAAUCUCGUAACCUACAAGUGGAGGGCGCGGUGUUUGAGCGCGCCGCGGAGCUGCUGCGCCGCUCGCCCGAGUUCACAGUCCUCGCCUCGCUCAGGCAAGAGCCUGCCAACUCUGGCACUAUACUCUCCUUCUCACAUGGAUACAACAGGUACCUGGAGGUGCAGUCGAGCGGGCGGCGCGACGAGGUGCGCCUGCACUACGUGGCGGCGGGUGGCAGUGCGCCGCGGGUCGAGACCUUCCCGUUCCGACUGGCAGACGGCGCGUGGCACCGGCUGGCGCUGGCCGUGUCGGGCGCCCAGGCCACGCUGCUCGUGGACUGCCACCCGCUGUAUCGCCGCCUCAUCCCGCCGCCUGACCGCAACUUCACACAGCCACAGCUAGCGCUCUGGCUUGGCCAGAGGAACAGCAAACAUUCCUUAUUUAAGGGUACAUUACAAGAAGUAAGACUGGUGAGCGGGCCUCACGGCUACCUGGCACAAUGUCCGGGGCUCGACUCGGAAUGUCCCACAUGUGGGCAAUUCGCUCUGCUGCAAGCUACGGUGCAGGAGCUCACUACACAUAUCCAUGACCUCUCACUCAAGUUGGUUGGCACGGAGGCAAGGUUAGCACGACUCGAGCAAUGUGAUUGUCAAAAGUCGUGCUUCUCCAACGGCACAGUCCACGCUGACGGUGCCACGUGGCAACGAGACUGCAAUAGGUGCUCCUGUGUGCACGGCGAGAUAACGUGCAGGCCAGUCGAGUGCGAUAGAGCUGAGUGCAAGAACCCGGUGCUGCAUCCGGGGGAAUGUUGCCCAACAUGUUUGAGGCAGUGCCUUCUAAAGGGAACAUUAUACGAGCAUGGGGAGCGUUUUGCUCCGAAGGAGUGCGCGGAGUGCGUGUGCCACGACGGCAACAUGCAGUGCACGCGCGUCGACCCCGAGGUGGCGUGCCCGCCGCUACCGUGCGACGUCGCCGACCAGUUCACCGUGCCUGGCGAGUGCUGCAAGUUCUGUCCAGGGGUGGACUACUGCAGCAUGGGGCACUCGUGUGACGAGAACGCGACGUGCAUGAACCUUAACACCAAGUACACUUGUAAGUGCAACCAGGGCUUCCAGGGCGACGGACUUUCUUGUCAAGAUGUGGAUGAAUGUCAGCGUGCAGGUGGUCUGGACGGCCACCACUGUCACUCCAACACGCGGUGCGUCAACGUGGUCGGGGGCUACGUGUGCCAGUGCCUGCCAGGGUACACCAGGAGAGACAAGUUCAAUUGUGUAGAAGUAGACGAGUGCGCGGGUGAGACACACGGCUGCCACGCGCACGCGGUGUGCACCAACACGCCCGGCUCGUACACGUGCCGGUGUCGGGAGGGUUACACAGGAGACGGCUACGAGUGCUCGCCAAUCUGCACGGGAGGGUGCCUUAACGGUGGGGUGUGCGUGUCGCGCGAGAAGUGUGCGUGUGCGCACGGGUUCGGCGGCACGCGGUGCGAGCGCGACGUGGACGAGUGCCGCGCGGUGCGGGCGCCGGCCGCCGCGCCCGCCUGCCCGCGCCACGCGCUCUGUGUCAACACGCCCGGCAGCUACUACUGCGUGUGCGCACAGGGAUAUACACGGGACGCUGUGUUGGAUACAUGUCAAGAUGUAGACGAAUGCGCCGAAGGGUUCCACACUUGUCACCCGAGUGCGCGCUGCGUCAACACCGACGGGGGCUUCAGAUGUGAAUGUGAUUCUGAAGAACAUUGUGAAUUAAGUUGUUCGUGGCAAGGUCGCAUGAUGGCGGAUGGUGCUUCAUGGUCAGAAGCUGGUGGGUGCCGUGCUUGCGCGUGCGCCGCCGGCGUGGCCUCCUGUCGCCUAGCUGCCUGCGCCUGCGACCUACUCGAUAACCAUACCACUGCGUUGCAGAGCACGUCGCUGCCGAGCCUGGCGCCGGCAUCGUGCUGCCCGCACUGCGAGGCUCGCUUCCACUGCCGCCACCAGGAGAUGCACCACGUCACCUUCCGCAGCGGCGAGCGCUGGCUAUAUCAGUGCCAGAUCUGCGAGUGUCUUCUUGGUGAAGUGGAUUGUUGGGAGCCUGAGUGCGGAGAGUCGGGCGCAGGGUGCUGCGCCGGGGGCCCGGCGGGCGCGGCGGGCCCCGGGGGCGCGGGGCCCCCGCGCCGCCUGGAGCUGGGCGGCUGUGCGCCCCCGCACUGCGCCGUCUGCACGGGCGGCCAGUGUGCUACUUUGCGCGCGGCGGACGGCGCUGGCGCUGGCGCUGGUGGCGCUGUGGUGGGGGCGGGGGCGCGCGGGCGCGGCGCACCGCAAGCACCGCGGCGCGCGGCGCUAGAGCCGCCGUGAGCUGCGGCGCGGACGACGCGACGCCGUCUAUUUAUUCUAGAUAGAUCUAAUGUUACCGCGGCGAGCGGCCGCGCGCCCGAGCCGCCCCUUCCGAUUCUAAAUUUAAACAUAAGUCGAUCGCUUACCAUUAUUAUCCUAGAGUUAGCUGUUGCGGACGGCGCGGGGCGCGGGGGCGGGGCGCGGGGGCGCGGGGCGCGCGCGGGCGCCUGACUGUAUAGUGUACGUGUGUACGUGUGUAUAGUGUAGAAUGUUACGAGUACCGCGCGCCUGCGCGCUCGCGCCCUGUUGUACCAAAUUUUUCAUAAUAUAUUAUAGUUUUUGUUUGACUUUAUAUAGAGAUCGUUUUUCUUGUAUAAUUUGAAAGUAACCAAAAAUAGGUACCAAAUAUAGAAAAAGAUAUGAUUGUUUUUGAUUUUCAUAAAGCAUUUUAAUGCUUGCAUGUUGUAUUGUGUUCAAAAAAUUACGAUUAAAAAGAUAUCCUCGA